CAAAAACCAGUUUUCCCCAUUGCAGAUUUUCAUGACGUCAAAUUUUUCCUUGAGGAAAUCAACAUCUUUGAAUGUGUGUUGUGGCUAAUACAGCGUGUAAAAGUUACCUUUGUGUUUGUCAAAAUUUAAUAUGACCGAUAACGAAGAAUGGGUGAUGAUAGUUUGGGAACGAUUGAACAAAACUGGAAAAUGGUGUUCUUAUUCUGCCGAAGUAUCACAACUUCUUGAGCAAAGUUAUCGAAAACAUUUAACAUCAGCAUGCCUUGGAGAUGCAGAUCCUAACCUGCAGAGAUUUUCAGUAAAUUUGACGGAUAUGAUUCAGAUUUCUGAUUCAACAGCUCGAGCGUAUCUUCCAACUGACACGUGCCAACAUCUGGAAAAAAGUUUAAAUAAUGGAACUAAGUGCUCUGUCAGACGUAAAAUAUGUGAUGAUUUAACAAUUCUUAGUCAAGGUUUUAUUUGGCAGUGGCAUGGAGAUGGUGAUGAAUGGAAUACCUAUGAUAUUGAUGUUAACAACUUCAUAGAAACUGCUUAUAUUAAGGGGGAGAAGACAGUCAAACUAAGCAAAUACUUUCCUGGUUAUCGUUAUGAAAUUGAUUUUACUAAGAUGUUGCAGAUCAACAAGCAUACCAAACGAAAGCGUACAAUUCGUAGAGAGCAGAAUGCUAAUCCUUAUCCUGUAGAAAGGAAAGGGUCUGAGAAACUUGCUAAAGUGUCAACUGCUGAAUCAAGUUCCAGUGCCAUUAAUAGGUUGCUGCCAAAUUUAAAUGAAGAAGUGCCUGGUACUGCUGCAUUGGAACGCCAACUUAAUCAGUAUGUAAGAAAUGUCCAGAAUCCAAUGGACUCUUCUCCUUAUGAUGAGUGCUGUUCUGCAAAGUCUACUGAACAAGCAAAACAUUCUAAUUCAAAUGGUUCAGUUGAUGAUGCAAGGAAUUGUAAUAAGAAAGUAAAGUCCAGUGCAGCUAAUAAAGUAAAUAACACAGCUGCUCUUGUUAAUGGGAAACCUUGGAUGAAUUCAUGGCCGCCUGAUACUCCAGAAGAUUUACUUAAACCUGUUCCAGGUAUAAAUCCUCUUCCAGAAUUUAAAAAAACAAAAGGUCGGAAGAAAAAGCUUGAUGGUGCUUUCAAUAAAUUCAGUAAUGAUGCAAGUGUUUUAAGCAAAUACACGGAAGUAGUGAAAGAUGUUCUUUCCUUUGGAGAUGAAAACUGUAUUAUUUGCUGUGAACUUCUUUCAAAUGGGUCUUCCUACAAUGAUGAUGCUACUGUGGUAAAAUUGACUUUAUGCUCUCAUAUGUUCCAUAAAGCUUGUCUGGAUGCUAUGCAAAACUCUAAGCCAAAAGAUAUGUUUAUACAGUGUCCUACUUGCAAGAAAAUUCAUGGUGAAAAAUGUGGCAUUCAGCCUCCUGGAAGUAUGGUGUACCACGUAUUACCAUAUUCUCUACCUGGCUAUCCUGAUUAUGAAACAAUACGUAUAAUCUAUGAUAUUCGACCAGGAACGCAGGGUCCAGAACAUCCUAAUCCAGGUAAAAAAUAUACUACAAGAGGUUUUCCCAGACACUGUUAUCUCCCUGACAAUGAAAUGGGUAGAAAAGUUUUACGUCUUUUGGUGAAAGCUUGGAACAGGCGUCUCAUUUUUACAAUUGGGAGAUCAUCAACAACUGGAGAGGAAAAUACAGUUACUUGGAAUGAAAUUCAUCAUAAAACUGAAUUUGGCUUCAACAGAAGAGGGCAUGGAUAUCCAGAUCCAAAUUAUUUUGAAAACAUACUGGCAGAACUUGCAGCUCAUGGUGUUGUAGAUGAUGAAGUUUAUGAAUGGUAUCCUGCUUAAAGAACAAUUUGUGUGUACAUAAUGUAUUUUUAAGUUUUUUUCAAAUUUACUUAAAAAGUGUCUUUUAGCAAAAGAAAAGUAAUUUUUGUAAAAUACUUGUAAAAAGUGAAGAAAUGUAAAUUUCCAUAUAUUUUUUUAUAGUUACUGUUAGUAUUUAUGUUAAUAAGUUGAA